AUGAACGAAACGUUGUAUAUAUCAGCCACAGAUGAAGAUGAAAAAUGCUCUUUCUACUCACCUGUUUAUGAAGAACAAUCGUCUGCUCCCACUUCACCUAUAGAUCGAUGGAAUACAUCUAUUUAUUUAACAGAGGAGGUUGUUGGCUUAUGUUCGUCUGCUUCAGCUGCUACGUCGCCUUCGUUGUGCGUCCAAACUGACGAUUCAAUACCAGAAGCCAUGUCAACAGUGGCUACAUCCACAACUGAUCUAGUGGACCGAUAUAUCGCUAGGCAAACCGCUGCUGCUGCCCAGGCUGCUUCUCCCAAGAACCGAAAGCUCACAAGAAAAUGGAGACUACAUGCGGGCAACAACCGAUUUUUCUGUGAUGGACGCGUUAUGAUCUCUAGGAGUAUUUCAGUUUUACCUGUGACACUUUUUUUAAUAUCAGCUACUAUGGCACUAUUUUUUGUAUUUGAAUGUCCUUUUUUAUUCGACUCCGUCUCUCCAGUGCUUCCUUUCAUUGGAGCUGCUCUGUUUAUGAUUGUGUUGAUAAAUUUAUUGAAAACAUCCUUCUCUGAUCCUGGAAUCCUUCCACGUGCGUCACACACGGAAGCCUUAAGAAUAGGGCAAUAUGCACGAGACGAGGCUUUGACUGAUCCCAACUUCAACCAGGAAACAUCUGUUGCACCUAGAACCCUUCACAGUAGUAAACAGGUAACCGUCAAUGGCCAAAGUGUUAGAUUAAAGUAUUGCCAUACUUGCCAAUUUUUUCGACCACCUCGUAGUACUCAUUGCUCAAUUUGCGAUAACUGCGUUCUGAAUUUUGAUCACCAUUGUCCGUGGGUAGGCAAUUGUGUCGGAGCUCGUAACUAUCGAUAUUUUUACUUUUUCACAACUUCACUUACAGUUUUAAUACUUUUCAUAUUUGGAUGUUCAAUAACUCAUCUCAUUUUAUUAUCAAGAGAAGAACGACAAUUCUGGGAUGCUGUGAAGAAAUCACCUGUUUCUAUGGUUGUCUCUUUCAUAUGUUUCUUUGCAAUCUGGUCCACAUUAUGUUUAUCCGGCUUUCAUACAUAUCUCAUAGCUACAAACCAAACAACGAAUGAAGAGAUUAAAGAUACUUACAAUACUAAACGACGUCCUAACGUUAUUAAUCCUUAUAAUCAGCCUACACUCUUUCAUAAUUGUUUUGUUACUUUAUGCAAACCGGAAUUGCCCAGUCUCCUUGAUCGAAGAGGUUUUACGGUUACAAUAGUUCCGGAACCUCCUCAACCCAAUCGUAGCUACGACAAUAAAGUUUUUAAACUCAAUAGGGAUCGACAAGAAACCCAAAAUAGCGAUAACGGCGACAUCAGAAUAGACAAUAAUGGUGCUUCGUACUCUAGUCCGAUGCCGAAUCAGUGUCCUGUAUGA